CCCCCGAAAGGGUUACAGAACCACCGCCAAAAUGCAACCCAAAGCAGAUAAAGAUGCACAUGCAUCAUUUCCAGCAGGUAAACAGGCCUCGGACGAGACGGAGCGUCUGCUACCGCAUGAUCCACCCGAGGAGAUAAAUAUCUGGGGCGCUGCGCCUCAUGUGCCCCACAGCAGACUCUCCAGUCCGAUCAAGAACGUCGUGGUUCUGGUGCAGGAGAACCUGUCGUUCGACAACUAUGCCGGCGGACUCACAUAUAAUCCUAGUAUUGAUGGCCUCGUAAACCGCGAGUACUGCAACCCGGCCAAUGUCUCCGAUCCCUACUCGCCAAUGAAUAUCGCCCCGGAUGAUCCUGACCACAGUAUCACCGAUUAUGACUCCGAUGGCCCCAACAUGCAAGGCUUCGUCGCCGAGCAGAUCGCCGCAUACGGCAUCGAAGGCAACCUCUCACGCGCCGGCGAGCACGUCCCCGUCUUCAACGCCAUGGCCGAGAACUUUGUUCUCUUCGACCGCUGGUUUGCCGCCGUGCCCGGCCCAACCAACCCAAACCGCGCCUAUUUGACGUCUGGCACGUCCCACGGCCACGGCGCCAACGACCCCGACUUCGAUAGGUCGGCCCUCCCUCAGCGCUCCAUCUUCGAGCAGCUCUCCGAAAACAACAUCAGCUGGAUCAACUACUCCAACACGACUGGCUUCCUCCCCGACGCGCUCUUCUACCGCUGGACCGCCAUGUCCGGCCUCGGCGAGACCAACGUCCGCCCCAUCGACCAGUUCUACCGCGACGCUAAAGCAGGUACCCUGCCCCAGUUCACCUGGAUCAACCCGGAGUGCUGCUCGUACAUGUCCUUCCACCCUCCCUCACCCAUCAACAUGGGCGAGGGCUGGAUCAAGAGCGUCUACGAGGCGCUCCGCUCGUCCCCGCAGUGGCACGAGACCCUCUUCAUCCUCACCUUUGACGAGCACGGCGGCUUCGCGGACCAUGUCCCGCCGCCGGAGAACGUGCCUGCCGGCGAUGACCUGACCUACACUGAGACGGCGCGGGAUGGCAGGUCCUCCACGUUUGCGUUUGAUCGGUUGGGCAUCCGGGUGCCGACGGUGCUGAUGUCGCCGUGGGUGGGUAAGGGUGUGGUGCAGAACAGGCCGACGGAUCAGAACGGCGAGUUCACGCAUACGUCUAUCCUGAAGUUUGUGGCUGAUCUGUGGGGGUUGGAGUACUUGUCGCCGCGCGUGGCCUGGUCUGCGAGUUUUGCGCAUUUGAUUACGGAUACGUAUCGUGAUGACACGCCGGAGAAGUUACCUGAGCCGGCGGAUUUCUAGACAUAGUCAGAUACCUUAGUUGAUACAUAUAUUCCAG